UCUAAAGACACCCUUCGUUAAGUAACCCUGUAACUCUCUCCAUACCUCACACGCACCCGAUUCGUGCUUUCCCUUUUCAUUUCAGUGAUUUCUCUUCCCUUUCUCCAUCUUCAGUUCACCCACGCACAAAACAAGACAAAAAAAAACCCACAGAAGAAUCUUCCACUUCGCGAGAGAAAGAGCGAGCGCUCUGCGUAACGCCCUGGGCAUCUCCGAAUCCGGAUCCGAUCUCUCUCCACACGAACCGUUUACGACUUUUCUAGAUCUGAUUGAGUGGCUUUUUUUUUGCUGGUAUUGAAAAUGAGGACGCCCAUGAUCUGUUGGGCUUUCCUUCUUCUGGUUUUGUUUGGCAAAGCAUGCAAUGGGUUUUAUUUGCCUGGUAGCUAUAUGCACACGUAUUCAACCGGGGAUGAAAUCGUUGCCAAAGUUAACUCCUUAACUUCUAUUGAAACCGAGCUUCCUUUUAGCUACUACAGUCUCCCUUAUUGCCAACCCCAUGGUGGAAUAAAAAAAAGUGCUGAGAAUCUUGGGGAGCUUCUUAUGGGAGAUCAGAUCGAUAACUCUCCUUACAGGUUUAGAAUGAAUGUGAAUGAGUCUGUUUACCUUUGCACUACCAAGCCUUUGAGUGAGCAUGAGGUUAAGCUUCUGAAGCAGAGAACACGUGAUCUAUAUCAAGUGAACAUGAUUUUGGAUAAUUUGCCUGUGAUGAGGUAUGCCAAGCAAAAUGGAAUUGACAUUCAGUGGACCGGUUUCCCUGUUGGGUAUACACCACAAAAUAGUAAUGAUGAUUAUAUAAUCAAUCACCUCAAGUUCACUGUGUUGGUUCAUGAGUAUGAAGGGAGUGGUGUUGAGGUUAUUGGUACUGGGGAAGAAGGCAUGGGUAUGAUUUCUGAAUCUGAUAAGAAGAAGGCAUCUGGUUUCGAGAUUGUUGGUUUUGUGGUUGUGCCUUGCAGUGUUAAGUAUGAUCCUGAAGUGAUGACAAAGCACCAUAUCUAUGACAACAUCUCACUUGUGGACUGCCCCUCGGAUCUCGACAAGUCUCAGAUCAUAAGGGAGCAAGAGAGGAUAUCCUUCACCUACGUGGUUGAAUUUGUGAAAAGUGACAUUAGAUGGCCAUCUCGUUGGGAUGCGUACUUGAAGAUGGAAGGUGCUCGCGUUCACUGGUUCUCAAUCCUGAACUCACUCAUGGUGAUCUUUUUCCUGGCUGGUAUUGUUUUCGUCAUCUUCUUAAGGACUGUGAGAAGGGAUUUGACUAGGUACGAGGAACUAGACAAAGAAGCUCAAGCACAGAUGAAUGAGGAGCUUUCUGGAUGGAAGCUUGUUGUCGGUGAUGUGUUCAGAGAACCAGAUUGCCCAAAGCUUCUCUGUGUGAUGGUUGGAGAUGGUGUUCAAAUUACAGGGAUGGCAGUAGUUACUAUUGUUUUUGCAGCCUUUGGUUUCAUGUCGCCAGCUUCACGAGGAAUGCUGCUGACAGGGAUGAUUCUUCUGUAUCUUUUCCUAGGUACUGCUGCAGGCUAUGCUGCAGUACGCAUGUGGAGAACCAUCAAAGGAACUUCAGAAGGAUGGAGGUCCAUCUCUUGGUCAGUUGCGUCCUUCUUCCCUGGGAUUGUCUUUGUUAUCCUAACAAUUUUGAAUUUCAUUCUCUGGGGAAGCCAUAGUACUGGUGCUAUUCCUAUUUCCUUGUAUUUUGUCCUUUUGUCCCUCUGGUUCUGCAUUUCAGUGCCACUCACUCUCUUGGGAGGAUUCAUGGGGACACGAGCUGAGGCAAUUCAAUACCCAGUGAGAACAAACCAGAUACCAAGAGAAAUUCCUGCACGUAAAUUGCCAUCAUGGGUGCUUGUCCUGGGUGCCGGAACCCUUCCCUUUGGGACCCUUUUCAUUGAACUGUUUUUUAUUCUCUCAAGCAUCUGGCUUGGACGGUUUUAUUAUGUAUUCGGUUUCUUGCUGAUAGUUCUGCUGCUCCUGGUUAUUGUCUGUGCUGAAGUGUCUGUGGUUCUUACCUACAUGCAUCUUUGUGUGGAGGAUUGGCGGUGGUGGUGGAAGGCUUUCUUUGCUUCUGGUUCAGUUUCAAUCUUUGUCUUUCUGUACUCCAUCAAUUACCUGGUCUUUGACCUACAGAGUUUGAGUGGACCCGUGUCAGCCAUACUCUAUCUGGGCUAUUCACUGAUCAUGGCAAUUGCAAUCAUGUUGUCUACUGGCACCAUUGGUCUCCUUACAUCGUUCUACUUUGUGCAUUACCUUUUCUCAUCUGUAAAGAUAGACUAAAACGUUGCCAUUGGUGUCUGCUCCAUAGUAUGAGGAAAUUCUCUUGGUUCACAUCUUUCGCACGUGCUAAAUUCUAGCUGAUCAACUUGUGCUGUAUUAAAGACUCGGAUGAUAUCCUGAAUCCAUCAAGGCCUGUUAUAUUACAUACGUUUUUUCCAGGUUAGAAGACAUGAUAGUAGUUUGCAGCUUCAUUUGGGGCGCGUAAAAUGUUUUGAUCAUUUCCGUUGCUCUAGAAAUGUUGUAGUGUUGAUUUACUUUGUUGUAUCCUUUUCUUUUUGAUAAAAGAAGUGCAUAUGGCAGGCAAUGCAAUUCCUUAAAA